AUGACGUCGAGGGCAGAGGAUCUGCAGGACAAGCUCCAGGUUCUGCAGGCCGAACGUGACGAGUUGAACAAGAAGAUCCCAGAAACAGGUUACAAGAGCUUGGCGGACGUGGUACAGCAAUCCACAGCUUCGCGAAGAGAGGCUUUGCAAGAGCGUCGAGCACGAGAGCAGUACCAGCAGGCCUUGGAAAAGGUGGAGAGGGAGCUGCAGCGGCGCCUACCCACCUUUGUCGGCCAGAAGAACGAGAUCCAGCGCUUCAAGACACAGGCGGCGCAGCUAACGAAGCAAAACGAACAGCUAUUGGCCAAAGAGACGGUUGAAGAGUUGCAGGCGCAACACUCCGAAGCCGAGGACGCGGAGCGCGCAAAGAAAGCGGCUGAAGCGCAGAAGAUACUUGAGGACUAUGCGGGCGGCCAAGAAUGUCAAGAGCCCGGCGUUGGCUAA